GGUGGGACGAGGAUUCGAGCCCACGACCCCCAGACUGCGAGUCGAGCGCUCUAACUACCUGGCCAUGCCAGGCCCAGCUGUAAAGAAACAUAUUCUAUUAAUUUCUGCUUUUUUUACUCCCAGAAUACACGCUAUCAGAAAUUGUAUUAUUCUAUGAUCAAGGUCUUGAUCAUUGCGUUUGAGCAUUCAUAGAAUAUAUGGUAUACUGGACAAAGGUCAACAAGAUUGUCUUUUUUUUCCUUUGUUGUUGCUAAAAGAGGUCAGUUUCAGAGAUAAGGUUAACAAUGACAUCCAAAGUUUACAUGCCAUCACAGCGAUAAGUCGAACCAUACAAAUCUAGUCUGAUCUCUCUGUGAUGUGAAACUAUCUUAGCAUUUCUGAAAUCCAGUUUUUCUGUAAAAGACAUUAGUCUGCUGUGUGCGCAGUUUCUUAACUCAAAACAUUUAGACAAUUUGUGUGAUCCACGUAAGUAACAGCGUCAUUCCAUUCAGGCUAAGUUUUGGAACCAGUGUACAUCUAUGAGACACUUCUCCGUCUACUUGUUCACAGGCGUCAUCUAUGGGUAACAUUUUCAGAAGUUAUAGAGAGGAUCCUCUUAUCGACGAGGGCACAGAUCAAAGUGAACCCAAUGUGUCAGAUGGGGGAAUCGACAUACCGGACAUUAUUGGUUCUUAUGGUCCUUGGCAGAGAAAAAUUUUCUUAUUGGCUUUCUUUGCUUCUUUUCCCAACUCCUGGAAUGCUUUGGUCAUGAGUUUGUUCGCUCCUAAUGUGGAACACUGGUGCAGACGACCAAAUCUUUACAACAACUUUUCCAAUGCCGAGUGGAAGAACUACGCUAUUCCUCUAAUAGACGACGGCUCGAGAUUUAGUCGAUGUAAAAUGUACGACUUAGAAACAGUGGACUACCUCCAACCUCCAGAUCACAACCUUACUAUCGCAUGCGCUGCUUGGGAGUACGAUCACUCCCAGUAUAGGGCUACCAUUGUCGAAAAGUGGAAUUUAGUUUGUUCGAAGGAAUGGCUGGUGUCUCUAAGCCAGUCUAUUUAUAUGGCUGGGUUCCUAGUGGCAGUGUUCGUGUUUGGGCAGCUUGCAGACAGGUUUGGACGUCGCCCGAUUAUUUUGGUCUGUAUAACUUUGAAUAUUGUUGCUGGAUUGCUUACUUCGUUUUCCACUAACUACGUGAUGUUCACCAUUUUGAGGUUUAUUGUGGCCCUUGGUGUUGCAGGAAGCUGGACUACAUCUUUCGUCCUCGUUAUGGAGGUUGUAGGAGCGAAACAACGACCUGUUUUAGGAGUUGCUAUUCAGCUGGGUUGGGCUACAGCCUACGUCGUACUUGGCGCCAUUGGCUGGCUCUUAAAGGACUGGUUCUACAUUCAGUUGUCCAUCAGUAUACCUUCUAUAGCAAUGGCACUUUCAUGGUGGAUUCUUCCGGAGUCUCCUCGCCUGUUACUGACACUUGGGCGAUUGAAGGAAGCAGAAGAAGUAUUACAAAAAGCUAUGAAAGAGAAUGGGAGGAAUAUAUGUGAUCUCAAGACGGUGAUUAAACAAAUAAAAGAACAGAUUGACAAUGAAAAGACGAAGAGGGUUAACAAAACGGCUUUGGAUCUCUUGAAAACGCCGAACAUGAGAAAUAAAACGUUAAACAUUUAUUUUUGUUGGUUUGUCAAUGCGUUUGUGUACUUUGGUUUAUCCCUGAACACCAACAACCUCGGAGGAAAUCCCUACGUGAAUUUCCUUAUUUCUGGAGCUGUAGAGCUUCCAUCGUGUUUCGUUACAAUAUUUAUUCUCAACUACUUUGGUCGAAAGAAGCCCACGACUUUUGCUAUGUUAGUCGGUGGACUAGGAUGUCUGUUGACCAUUCCUAUCCCUGAAGGUUUGACAUGGUUACGGAUAACACUGGCGAUGCUUGGAAAAGCUUGCAUCACAGCAUCUUUUGCUAUUAUCUAUGUGUUCUCAGCCGAGAUCUUCCCAACUGUGGUCCGGAAUGUCGGUGUGGGGUCUAGUUCUACUUGUGCUCGUAUUGGUUCCAUGAUUGCCCCAUUUGUCAAAGAAGUGGGAACGGCCACAAAUACUGGAGUUCCGUUGGGAAUAUUUGGUGGAUUGUCCGUUUUGUCAGGACUUCUAGUUUUACUUUUACCUGAGACUAGCAAUUCACCAAUUCCAGACACACUGGAGGAAGGCGAGAAUUUUGGAAAGUCUGGUAACCACAGAUCCAUUAAUCCUAGAGGAACUCAGAACCAACACCACGUGGAAAAUUAUUCUACCCAACCUGAAAAUUCGCUUACCGAUUCCUCUGUGUUCAACUAAACGAGUUCCUAGGAUUUUUCGAUUUUAAAGUUCUUCAGUUUCUAAUAACAUGCCGAUACUGUUGUUUCUGGGUUAUGAAUUGAUUAUAACCAGUGCUGUCCUUUAAGCAGAUUCUUAACUUUAAUUAAUUCGUUUUCUGUUCAUUCUUCUUAAUAAACAUCUUGGUCAAAACUUUUUUCGGGAAGAAUAGUUAGUUUUCAAGAUGCGUAAAACUAUUGUUACACAGUUGCUCAACAGCUUACAAAUCUAUUUGUAUUUGUUUCAUUACAUUAUCUUAAGACU